UCAGUGGAGGAUAAAGACGUGGCAGCGAGAAGGAAAUGGGGGAAUGAGUAAGGAAGCCUAUGGUAUAUAAUAUAGAUUAUGGUAUAUAUUAUAUAAUGCUAGUAACAGGUUUUCGCAACUGGGAGACUGGAUAUUGAGCGUUCCCCCGAGCUCAUGAAGACAUCUGUGAGAUGAGAUUGAUUCAGUGUGAGACAUCUAAAGAAAUAAAAGGGAAGUUGAAGCGGCAGACCCUAGGGAUUAUAAACGCUCUGUGAAUCAAGAUGUGUUCAAACAGGUGGAAUGGCAUUAAGAAAUCUUCUUCACCUAGAUUUAUUCCCAAAUGGAAGAACUUGAAACUCCUCAUAAGUGAUAUCUUGAAGGAUACAGAGACUGAUGAAGAAUCAAAGAAUAAUGCUGUUGUGCUGAGUGACUGGCCCGAGAUUCUCUACCAGGAGUCUCAACAUCCCAAGAACAAAGCUUUUAUCUGUUUCUACUCCAUUAAUGGCAACUAUUUUGUUUCCUUGGACUGGGUGGAGCCAUGCGAAAAUCAAGUGCAGGCAGUACUUUGGAUACUGAAAAAAGACACAGAAAACAAAGAAGUUUUAGAAAAGCUAAAGUUUCAUGUCAUGGUUCAAGUGCCACCCAUCAAAGCAAUGGUCCACACAGGUUCCUACCACACAUUAAUUGCUUACUGCGGUGACAUGCGUCUGUGGCUCUUUAGGGAUCACCAGCGAGCCUUCACAUUUCUGGGAACAGUUCCCUGUCGUUUCUCUAUCAGCUGCCUCUGCUAUGACUCGGAAACCAAGAUGCUUCUGUGUGGCACUACUGGUGCUGUCAUAACCUGGUUUCUCCUGCCAAAUGGCAGGGAACUCCAGUUGGCUCAAACAGUGCCUCUCACUGGUCCUGAGCUGGUACAAAGCUUUUCCCUGAAUGGCCCCCAGGGCUCCAUGCUUGCUCUGUGUGAGAAUGCAGUAAGAGUCUUCACACACCAAGGGCAGGGCCAGCUGAAAGAAGUAAAGAAGUUCACCCUUGUAACCAGUGGCUCCUCCAUCACUUGCUCCUUUACCUGUGUCUCUCAGGGCACUUUCUAUGCUGGAACCAGGGCUGGAGAAGUCCAUGCUUGGGCUUUAGAACGGGGUAACUUCCUUCACAGUUUCCAGGCCCAUUUGUCAUCAGUGAUAUGUGUCCACAGUCGGCCAGAGACUCACACAUUACUAACGGCAGGUGGUGAAGGGGUCAUGAGGGAAUGGAAUCUUGCAUCUGGAAGCUUGCUGCGACAGCUGACUAUUGACCAGGAUCUGCAGCAACUGCAGUUUAUUGACGAAAUCACUGUUUUCUGCCAGAGUACCUCUGCUUUCUCGUUGCAUCGCCUGCCCUACUUUUAUAACCUCUUCCAUGUCUGUGGCUCUGCUCCCCAGCAGGUGCAGCGUGUCUGCUGUGGCCACAAUUGGAAUAGGAUCUUCUGUGCCACUGAGGAUGGUUUAUUACGCUUCCUGUCUCCGGUAACAGGAGAUCUUCUGGUUAUCACCUGGCCUCUCCUUGUCAUGGAUAAGGCUGUGGCUUGGGCCUUUGACUCAGCAAGACAGGAACUCUUUGUGGCCACAGGUGGUUCAGAGGUGCUCGUAUUUGAUGCAACACGCUCUCCCUGCACAGCCAAGUAUCUUGUGUGCCUCUCAGGAAACUCCACAGAUAGAGUAAGAUGCCUGGCCUAUGGCAGGUCGCCUUUGGGAAAGAGGCUAGAUGGACUAAUGUUCUGUGGGCACGAGAGUGGUAUUGUGAGAAUCCUCUCCCACCACAAUUUUGCUCGAACAGAGAAGAUUGUUCACUCUGGGGCAGUGUUGACAUUGUGUACCUUGGAAAAUCCCCAGGAAAAGUCCUUACUCUGUUCCUAUGGUAAGGAUAACAUUGUACAUCUGACAGAGGCUGUGUUUCAGGAGAACAAAGUAAUCCUACAGCCUUUCAACAAAAUGAUCUGUGUUUGCCCACUGAAACAUGUGAAACUCUUGCCAGAUUCUGUAGGUGCCAUCACUGAGACCAGCUGCUGGCAACUCUGGCACUACCAAGACUUCCUGACAUCAUCAGAAUCAAAAAAAAGCUCUCCAUUUACACAGACAAAAUGUCUCCAUGAGUGUGCUAUCACAUCAUUUGAUGCCUGUUAUUCUCUGAAACUCUUUGUUACUGGCGGUGUUGAUGGCUCAGUUCGGAUAUGGGACUUCCUUGGUAGACUUGUAACUGAGUUGGACUCAGCAUUUCAUUUUGGUCCACUCUGCUUUGCCAAUAACCGAGGUGACCUUCUUUUGACUUUCAACCAGAGUAUUUACAUUGUAUCCUGCUUAAAAUUGCUUCCCCCAACUCAACUGAUUGACCUGGGUAACUUGAACACUGAAGAUGAAGUACAAGAGGUCCCUAAACCUUUUCUGCCUAGCUUCUUCUUUUUGUUUGAGAAGGUACUUGUACCCAAAUUUUGCUACCUUGGACAGGGGCUCCAGGAAAUCCAGGGGCUGGAGAUCCUUAUCAACAAACGAGCUAUCGCCUUUGACCACACGGUGCCGCAUGUUGUGGAGGAAGACCCACAAACGUCCUUUGUGAGUCAAGAGAGAUCAAAAUGGUCUUUCAUGGAGGAGAAGGAUAUUGAUAUAUGUACUCCAGAUCGUCUCCCUUUUGUGGCCCCUGCUCAGUUACAGCUAGCUGGCUGGGAAGGAUUCAAUGUCUACCACAUAGUUCGGCGCUUCUUUGGCAAAGGGCAGGCGUGGCCCUUUACUCCUGAUGGCUACAUCCCUAACUCAGUGAUCCGCGCAUGUCUUUGGCCUCAGGGUACUCUGGUUUUCCUAAGCUGUGAUCUGUACUCACUCUACAAAGAUAAGGACAUGGACAUGACAGAGCUCUUAAGGUUCCAGGCACUGCCACCUGAAACUCCGGAAGAUGAGAAAGUGUCACUGAGUAAACAAAAGGCUAAAUUCAAGGAGUGGCAAGGGUCUUCCUUUGAGCUUGAAAGUGUGGCAAAACAAAAUUGGAUGGGAAGAAAAUUCAGUGAAGGGAUUAUAGAAAAUUUAAUAGAGAAAAUCCUCAGCCUCACAAUUUACUGUUCUGUAGAGGAAUACAAGAAAUAUUUCAGUGUCCUGGCGCAAAUAUUUGCCACUUACCAAAUCCCUUCAAGGUUGUGUACUGACACAGCCUGUCAACUCCUGAAGGAUACAAUCCAUUCCAAUCCACAUAUCCGUGAGCUAGCCUGGGAGAUGUUAGAGAGGCUAGGCAUCAUGAACCGUUGUUUUGUUAUUCCACUCACUAUGGGAUUGAUGGAUGUUGAUAAAAAUGUGCGGACUAAGGUCUUACAUCUUCUGAGAAGAGUAACAGGUAUCCAAACCAAGACCAUGCUGAUACGUGUGCUGAAAAAAUCAGAAACUCUCCAAGAAAUGCAGAUGGAAAUUAUUGGGGAUUCCUCUCUGGGCCAGCUGAUGGACAUUCAAGAUAGUGAUAUACAACGCCUACAUACUCAGGUGGAGCAGCGACUAAAUGAAAACCUGACCAUGUCACAUAAAGACAGAUCAUUUUCUUUUUCUUUAGACUUAUCAAUAGAGGACCAACUUAAGAGCUUUGAUGAAGAAACAAUCAUACCUUUAUCAGAAACUCUAAAGAUCUCUAAAUGGAGAGAAAUGAAGAAACGUGUACAAGCAAAGAACAAAACACUCAUUAAAAAGGACUUGAGAGUUGCCAAGAAACCCAGAAAAGCAGAAUUGAGAAAGAUUGCUUCUGUGUUGGUGAUUUCAGAGGAUGUGGCUGAACAAAGAGAAGAAGUAGCUGAACAAAGAGAGGCCAAGAGAUCAGAACAAUUUGACACCCAGGAUGUUGCCCUAGAGCCAAAGCUACCACUAAGUACUUUUAUCCCAGUCACACCCAAGAUAGAUGAUAAAGAAAAGGAGGUGGUAUUGGAAGUUAUGGAAAGUACAGAAUCUCUUGUGGUCACAGAGGAUGUGGAGCCCACAGAUCAACCUAGAAUGGAAGAUGAGACACAAGUUAUCUCUAAAAUGAAAAAACAAGACCGUGUGAAAGAGCUUUGGAAAAGGGCAAUUAAGAAAGGUUAUGCAAUAGCAAUUAUGCUACGGAAAGAGAAAGAAGAUACAAAGGAUAUUUCAGAGGCAAUCACAAAAGAAUCCAUGGAAGAACUCAUACAGGUUUCUGAGCAACAAAAAGAUAAAAGGAAGAAACCUGGGAAGAAGGUCCAUGGCGUUGCUGGGACCCCUGGACGUAUAGGCAAAUUAGACACUAGUUCUUGGCGAAAUGACAUUAGCUAUCUUGUCACUUCCAGGAUAGCAAGUUCCAAUCCAGAUAUGUUAAAAGAUCUGAGUAAAGAAUUGGUGGAUCUGGCUCGGGUGAUGCUUGCUGGCCAGCAGCCUAGCUGGGAUCUCUUCCAAGAAAUCUGUCCCUUUUUAGAGGACUCAAAGUCAUUGUCAUCAAAGUUGGAUGACAGAGUAGUGGAAGAAACAGAAACAGCAGUUAUAGAAGAUAUCAAGGAAGAAGAGAAAGUCAUACCAAGAGGAAAAGGGGAUAAACCAUCAAAAACUCAAAAAGUUAAGAAAGUCUCUUUCUUAGAAGAUCACCUUGCUUUAGAGAAAAGGAAGUUUAAAGCUGCAGUAAGGAAGCCAGCUAAGCAAGAAGGAGAACUAGUUAAGGAAGAAAGGGAACCGACAAAGAAAAAAUUAAUACAAGGAAAAGAGAAAUUGACCAAAGAUGAGAAGAACUUGAUCCAUCCAGAAGAGAAAAUGGCUCCAGAAGAAGAAAUACCUGCUUUUUCACAAAAGAAAUUAACUACAGAAGAGCAGAUGCUGGUUUUAGAAGAAAGGAGACUGACUGGAAAAGAGAGGGAGCCACUAGCAAAAGAAACGAAAGGGAUCCAGGAAGAGGGGAAGCCCUUCUUGGAAUGGGAAGAGACUAUACAGGCUCAGGAGCAAAGCAUACAAACCAGGGAAGAAAGGCAAUUGUCCCAGAAAAAGAAGGAGCUGGGUAAGAAGGAGGAACCGGUCAGCGAAGAAGACAAACUGUCCUGGGAAAAGGAGAAUCUAACAGGAGAAGAACUGACUUGGGAAGAGGAAGAACUGUCUGGAGAAGAGGAGGAAUUAACCCCGGGCAUAGAGAAACAGUUCCGGACUCUUCCUGGAGUUGCCCUGGACAUCCGGAGUGCGGAGUGCGCAAGCGCAGACCGCCCGGGCACCGGCGCCGUGAGGAGAAUUCGCAGCCGGUCCAGGGCCUUCACUCGCCGGGAAGGGUCGCGUCUCGGGGGAAUCGUGGCCUGGUUGUCUGAGAGGGGAAUCCUGGCUGAAUGUGAAGGUCAUCGUGUGGAAGCGCUGUGGUAA